GCCUUUUGGACUAUUCUUCUCUCAUCCCCCGAGUGUGGCGGCUUUCUUGUCUCAAUUGGUUGUCCUCUAGCACUUGCGCCAGCCUUGUCGGAGUGGUUGCAGAAAGAAGCAACUUGUGUUGGGCACUUUAAGCGAACUGCCAUUGAAUCUUGCAGUGAAUGCAGAGUGGCGCUGCCUAAGUUGUUGUUUCAAUCAAGCUUCCUUGUCGCCAGACAAGCUUCCUUGGGUCCUGGGCUGUUGUCGCUAGCAACACAUAUUGCCAGAGACUUGAUUCGUUCAGGCGCCGCGCCCAGGAAACGUGUGGCCCCGGUCAGUUGAGUUGCCCCCAAGGUCGUAUUUCCGAGGGUGUCGUUACAUAAGUUGUGUGUUACUGCCCGUAAGAUCACUCAGGCUUGGUUCUCCUUCACUCCCGUCUUCUCGGCUUGAAGUAUCCGAAAUUUAACCUUUGGAAUACGCCAAGAUGCCUACAAGGACAGAGAUUGGCCAUGGCCUAGCCAACUUCCUUGGUAUCAAACUUGACGAACCCGAAACUUCUCGGGAAGAAGUUACCAGGGGCGAGUCUAUCCUCUCCAUGCAGACAACCGACUCUUUCUUCGAAGAACAACCUACCACGGCGGAAUGGAUAUCAGAUUUUACACCAUCUGGCGAGGAAAUCGUGAACUAUGUGAAAUCCCUUUUCCCAUUCCUGUCAUGGAUAGGCUUUUACAACCUUCAGUGGCUGGCCGGAGAUCUCGUUGCGGGCAUCACGAUCGGCGCCGUUGUAGUACCCCAAGGAAUGGCAUACGCAAAGCUGGCAAAUCUACCUGUCCAGUUUGGUCUCUAUUCCUCGUUCAUGGGCGUUCUGAUUUACUGGUUCUUCGCAACGUCUAAGGAUAUUACGAUUGGUCCUGUUGCUGUUAUGUCCACUGUCACAGGAACGGUGGUUGCCAACGUCAUUGAUCAGUAUCCCGAGUACGAGGAUACGCCCUGGGUGAUUGCCUCGGCCUUGGCCAUCAUUACUGGUGCCAUCGUUCUCUUCAUUGGCUUGAUUCGUUGUGGGCGGAUUGUCGAAAUCAUACCCCUUGUCUCACUCGCAGCCUUCAUGACGGGUUCGGCCAUCAGCAUUGCUGCUGGUCAGGUUCCGACGAUGAUGGGCAUCAGCGGAUUUUCGACAAGAGACGAGACUUAUAAGGUGAUUAUUAACACGUUGAAAAACCUGGGAAAGACGGACAUGAAUGCGGCCAUGGGGCUAACGGCACUCACAUUGCUCUACGUCAUUCGCAUCACUUGUAGCCAAUUGGCGAAGCGUUACCCGAGCCACCAAAAGCUCUAUUUCUUCAUUUCUACGCUGAGGACCUCGUUCGUCAUCCUGCUGUACACCAUGAUUAGCUGGCUCGUCAACAUGUGGCGCAACGACGAUCCCGCCUUUGCCAUCCUUGGCCAUGUGCCUCGAGGGUUCCAACAUGCUGCCGUACCGGUAGUCAACGCGAAAAUCAUCAACGGUUUCAUUAGUGACCUGCCAGCCUCCGUCAUUGUGCUCCUGAUUGAGCAUAUCGCCAUUUCCAAGUCGUUCGGCCGAGUCAACAACUAUAUCAUCAACCCGUCGCAAGAGAUGGUUGCUAUUGGCGUAACUAAUCUCCUCGGACCUUUCUUAGGUGGUUAUCCGUCGACAGGUUCUUUCAGCCGGACUGCCAUUAAGUCUAAGGCUGGAGUCCGUACCCCCUUUGCAGGUGUCAUCACGGCGGUUGUGGUUCUUCUCGCCAUCUACGCCCUACCAGCAGUCUUCUUUUACAUCCCAGGGGCAUCCCUGGCAGCUGUCAUCAUUCACGCUGUCGGCGAUCUAAUCACGCCUCCCAACACGCUGUACAAGUUCUGGCGGGUAUCACCGAUCGAGGUUUUUAUCUACUUCGUGGGUGUCUUCGUCACCGUAUUCUCGUCCAUCGAAAACGGAAUCUACUGUACGAUCGCUAUCUCAUUUGGCGUCUUCCUUAUCCGACUUCUGACAACCAAGGGGCGAUUCCUUGGAAGGGUCCAAGUCCACUCGAUUUUGGGUGACACUGUCAUUGGUAACGAUAACAAACCCGCCGAUAAUUAUGGCACAUUCAACAGUUCGCAAACAAACUCGCAACCAAACUUGGACACAAACAGCGCCGAUAUGGCCUUAUACCCUUCGACACGAAAUGUCUUUAUUCCCAUCAGCCACGACGAUGGCUCGAACCCGGAAGUCCGCAUUGCGAACCCGUAUCCGGGUAUCUUCAUCUACCGAUUCUCCGAAGGGUUCAACUACCCAAACGCAAACCAUACGCUCGAAUUUCUAACCGGCCACAUCUUCGCAAACACGCGGCGUACCAAACUGGAUUCCUACCCGCGACCCGGCGAUCGGCCCUGGAACGACCCAGGCCCCAAGAAGGGCCAGGAACUGCGCGAUGACCUGCCUCCCCUCAAGGCCAUCAUCCUCGACUUCAGUUCCGUCAACAACGUUGAUAUCACAUCCGUGCAGCAGCUGAUCGACGUGCGCAACCAGCUUGAUCGCUACACGUUCCCUGAGGUAGUGGACUGGCACUUCGCCUGCAUCAGCAAUCGCUGGACUAAGCGCGCCCUCGUCUCCGCCGGCUUCGGCUACCCGACUGCACGCGCCGACGGCCUGCAACACCGCUGGCGAUCCAUCUUCAGCGUCGCCGAAAUCGGUGGGAGCAGCUCCGCGGCGGCGGCCGCGGAGCAGGAGGCAAACGAGAAGGAGUUGCACAUCAGCACGGGCGGCGCCGUCGAUGUCAAUGCCAUGGAGCGGGGCAAUGCAUCGUCGAGCGGAUCGGCUUCGAUCAGGCGGGAUAAGACCACUGAAGAAAACGAGAUCAGCCGGAGCCGGACUGUCAGGAAGGUUGCCGUCCAUGGGUUGAACAGGCCGCUGUUCCAUAUCGACCUUACGAGUGCGCUGCAGAGCGCUAUAGCAAAUGUGCAGGCGCGGGCCGAGGCCGAGGUCUGAAGGGGCGUGGUAUAAAUACCGAGCGGGAGUGAGGUCGUUAUUCAAGUAUAUAUAUUUCGGGGUUAUGGAAGCCGGGUCGCACUUGGGUGUCUCUCCAGACUUUGAGGCACGGGUGUAGAAGUCGCUUUACAUACCCUUGCAGGAGCUGUGUACCAUUAACAUGAGCAGCAAUUUUAUGUCAUGGGGAAUCCAUCGUGAUAUGAUUUGUGACGCGAAUGUUACUCAACUAAAGUGCUUAAAGUAACUUGAGCAUUGGCACAGAUCGCCUCAAUUGAUUCAGUAAGGUCAACCUGAGAACCAUUUCUCCUCAGUCGUCAGUUUUUAAUGAACUGCACGAAUUAAUAUUACACUAACUUAUAUGCAA